GGUUGGAGUCCCCCCGCUGGGGUGAUCUGGCGCAGGACCGAGGUGGUGCUUGGCAUCGGUUCCAGUUCCUCCCCUUUUUUCCCUGCGCCCUCCCUCGGGUCGGCCCCGCUCCCUUGGCUUCCAGUAGUAUGUGGAUGUCUCCCAAGAGGAGCAGAAUGGAAGUCGACGAGACCAAGGUGUUCCGGCCCGAGUGGAUCCAGCGGUACUUGGUGGUGGAGCCGCCGGAGGGCGAAGGAGCCCUGUGCCUGGUCUGCCGGCGCGUGGUGGUCGCCACCCGCGAACGCGACGUUCGGCGCCACUACGAGGCCGAGCACGAGCACUACGAGCGGUACGUGGCGGAGGGCGAGCGCGCGGCCCUGGUGGAGCGGCUGCGGCAGGGCGACGCCCCGCCGGUGGCCCAGCUCACCCCCGAGGAGCGGGCGGCGCGCGCGGGCCUGGGGCUCGCGCGCCUCCUGGCCCUGAAGGGGCGCGGCUGGGGCGAGGGCGACUUCGUGUCCCAGUGCAUGGAGGUGAUGCUGCGAGACGUGCUGCCCGAUCACGUGAGCGUCCUGGACACCAUCGACUUCUCGCCGGAGAUCACCCGGCAGAGGGUCCUGAACAUCGACCGCAACCUCCGCGCCCAGCUCUACCAGCGGACCAAGGACUACAAGGCCUACUCGCUGGCCUUGGACGACCAGGCCUUCGUGGCCUACGAGAAUUACCUCCUGGUCUUCGUCCGCGGCGUGGACCAGGACCUGCAGGUGCAGGAGGAGCUGCUGACCCUGGUCAACCUGACGCACCACUUCAGCGUGGGGGCGCUCAUGGCCGCCAUCCUGGAGGCGCUGCAGACGGCCGGGCUGAGCCUGCAGCGCAUGGUGGGGCUCAGCACCACGCACACGCUGCGGAUGGUGGGCGAGAACUCGGGGCUGGUGUCCUACAUGCGCGAGAAGGCGGUCAGCCCCAACUGCUGGAACGUCAUCCACUACUCGGGCCUGCACCACCUGGAGCUGCUGAGCUCCUACGACGUGGACGUGAGCCAGAUCAUCAACACCGUGUCCGAGUGGGUGGUGCUCAUCAAGACCCGCGGCGUGCGGCGGCCGGAGUUCCGGGACCUGCUGCACGACUCGGAAUCGGAGCACGGCGAGAGGGUGAACGGGCGGUGCCUCAACAACUGGCUGCGGAGAGGGAAGACCCUGAAGCUCAUCUUUACCCUCCGGAAAGAGAUCGAGGCGUUCUUGGUCUCCAUCGGGGCGACCACCGUGCAUUUCAGCGACAAGAAGUGGCUCUGUGACUUCGGCUUCUUGGUGGACGUCAUGGACCACCUCGGAGAGCUCAGUGACCUGCUGGGCGUUAGUAAGGUGUUCGCCGCCGUCGCCUUCGACCACGUCUGCACCUUUGAAGUCAAGCUGGGUCUGCUGCAGAGGCACAUCGAGGAGAAGAACCUGACACACUUCCCCGCCUUGAGAGAAGUGGUGGAUGAGCUUAAGCAGCAUCUUAAAGAAGACGAGAAAAUAUUUGAUCCCGAGCGGUACCGGGUGGUGAUCUGUCGCCUGCAGAAAGAGUUCGAGAGGCACUUCAAGGACCUCAGGUUCAUUAAGAAGGACUUGGAACUUUUUGCGAAUCCCUUUAACUUCAAGGCUGAGUACGCACCCAUUUCUGUCCGCAUGGAGCUCACCAAACUUCAAGCCAACACCAGCCUCUGGAACGAGUACAGAGUCAAGGACCUGGGGCAAUUCUAUGCCGGUUUGUCUGCAGAGUCUUACCCCAUCAUCAAAGGGGUGGCCUGUAAGGUGGCGUCUUUGUUCGAUAGUAACCACAUCUGCGAAAAGGCCUUUGCUUACUUGACUCGCAACCAGCACACGCUGAGCCGGCCGCUGUCAGAUGAGCAUCUCCAGGCCCUGUUUAGGAUCGCCACGACUGAGCUAGAGCCACACUGGGAUGACCUGGUGAGAGGGAGGAACCAGACUCCUCCCUGAGCCUGGAGGCUGCAGAGCUCAAAUGCUCCACAGGAAGCCUGUGUGCAAAGCAAAUGUCGAUUCUUAUUUUUCAGACUUGACCAGACUUAAAUCAAUCUGUGUUCAAAUUCUGGGAUUUUGUUUGUAUUCUUUUACCUUAAUCCCCUCCCCCCCCUCCAAGAAGCAUCUGGGAUGGGAACACUUUAGAACACCCGGUUUAAAAACUUAAUUUAAUGACAAAGCCUUUGUCUUUUGCGUUUAUGAUAUAGUUAUUUUUAAAGAAGUUUGGUACUGAUGUUCUGUUUGAAGUUUGUUUUUAAGAUGUACGGAAGAAAAUUUAGCUCCUUAAAUGUUAAAAUGCAGAUGUCUGUAGUUACCAGCUCCUUUAAUGUAUGUUUGAGACAAUUUGCAGGAACUUUGAAGUUCAGAAGUUCCUGAAAUGGAAAAACAUACAUCCAGGGGAGGUAUUUUGUCUGUCAAAAUGUUUGACAUGUUUUUUUAAAAAUACGUGUCUGAGUAUGACGGUUAAUAUUGGUAGAUUUCCUUCUUGUCAGAUCCCCUUCACUCACCCGGUGGCAGUAAUAUUCCUAAUAGAAAAAGUAAUCAGAUAAUCAUUUAGUCAGAGGAGCAGGAAUCAUUUUUUUAAGUUUUUGGUGUAGGAGGUUUCCUACAAUUUGUAGAUCAAACUAAUUGUUGGAGGUGCCCUCUGAAUUUUUCAAAGUAGGGAGCUGUUUUUAUCAGCUUUAAGUAAGUAUAGACUGGUAACAUUUUCCCAUUAGUAAAUCUAUAGGCCAAAGUUUGGCCCUGUCAAAAAGGAUGAGAAAAAAUGGUUUUGCCCUACAGGGUGAGAAAGUGUGAUAUUUUAGAUUAUUUGUCCUUACUGCGCAGAUGUUUAUAAAGAGACAGCUUAAAGGAAACCUUUUAAGGUACAAUAAUGAGUGUUAGCUCCAGGAAAUAAAUGUAUUCUAGAAUUUGAAAUGGUUCCAUACAUUGUGUAGUUAGCAGUGCACAAGAAGAAAUAUUUAACUCAAGCAUCAGCUUUUUUCAGAUUGUAGCAAUUCCCCGCUUCUAAUGAGACAUCUGCUUUUUAUGCUAAACAGUAAUUUUUAAAUUUCUGUUAACUAUGAAAAACUUUGAGUGAAGCCAAAAAUGUAAAAUGAUUGAAAAACAGUAUCUCACUGACAGAUCUUCCAAAUACAGUUUGAAAACUUGUGCAGAAGUUCUGGCUUAAAUACUGUAACAUGUGAUUCUCUAGUCACUAACCCAGCAAAUUUAAGUAGCCAUGGUACAAUUGAGAAUUGAGGCGAAAUUGAUGCCUGGCUGACCAAAAUAGGUGCCCUAAGAAACAAAGAAACAAAAUUGUUUCAAAGGUUCCCAGGAAGAGUCAGUCAUUCCUACUCCCAGCAGGUGUCAGGAAACAGAAGGGGACUCUAGUUGUCACUGUAGGGAUUAGGGAAGGGUUCUGCUCCCUGGUGAGCUGGAUGACCCUCCCACCAAUGAAACCUCUGUAGGCUAGCCUGACACAUGAAGUUAUCCCUCCCAUAGUGCCAGUGUAUCCCUGUGUCAACUGUUAUUUUGAGGGACAGGGAGAGUUGUUUACGUAUUACAUCACAGUAGAAUCUAAAUUAGAAGUUGGGCAAACUGGACAAUACUUGAUAGGGGAAGCAUGCUAGUUUGGCUGAUAAAGAUGCAGUAAAGGUUUUCAUAAAUUUCAGUAGCUCCCAGUAGUAUUUUUUAAUUGGUAAUAGUAUUUUUAAAUCGGUAAUUGUUAAUGAACCAGAUUAAGGUAUUACUCUGUUACAUAGUCAGGGCAGAAAAACAAGUGUUUUUUAUAUAUAUAUAUGUAUGUAAUAUAUAUAUAUAUAUAUAAAACAUAUAUGUAUUAAGCUACUUAUCAAGGAAGGUCAAGUUAGGAUUUUAGUAGAAAUUAGCUUAAAUGUCUGGAGAAGUAGCACAGUAUAAAACGGAAACCCCCUCUCCAAAAAAAGAAUCUAUCAGUAAUUUCCCAGUAGUUGGAGUACACUUUUUGAUGACAAAAGCUUUAUUGGAAGAAUGUUUAGAAGGCCUAAAAGCUGCUUUGCUUUCUAACCCUAGUUCCUCGAAUACUAAAGUCUUGUAUGUUUUGUGGAGUUUUAGUAUAUAUUUUGCUUAAAGUGAUAAUAAAAUUAGUUCGCAUCAUGUA